CAGUCCAGGAGCCUUUAAAAUCCCGCACCAUUCGUCACCGUCCCAUUUCUCCGCAAAACAUCCUUCAGGAAAAAACGAACAAACCCCGUGAUAUAUCUGCUUCACGAAAUUCAUCAUUUCCCCGCAAGAAAUGGCAAGACGGGCACCAGCAGCUUCAGAUGCUGAAACUGAGCAUGCUCGGGCCGUUUGAGCCUGCUCACUGUUUCCAGGAUACUUUUGUCGAACGAGGAACAACGAUAGAUAGGGAGAAAGCCAUGGAGGCUGGGAGGAAGCGCCGGAGCUGGACGGGCGUUCUCCUUACGCUGCUGCUGAGCCUUUCCCUCGAACUCGCCCAGCCGCUCGCCCAGAACAGAACCCUUCGCUUUGUUACUCUGUUGUAUCGUCAUGGGGAUCGCUCCCCAGUGAAGGCAUAUCCCCGAGAUCCCCAUCAGGAAAGUGACUGGCCACAGGGAUUUGGCCAACUCUCUAAGGAAGGGAUGCAGCAACAGUGGGACCUAGGCCAAGUCCUUCGAAGGCGUUAUGAUGGAUUCUUGAAUGCAUCAUACAGUAGACAAGAGAUCUUCAUACGCAGCACAGAUUUUGAUCGGACCCUGAUGAGUGCUGAGGCCAAUCUGGCAGGACUUUAUCCCCCAGAAGGGCAGCAGGUGUUCAACCCCAAUAUUUCUUGGCAGCCCGUCCCUGUCCACACUGUGCCUGACUCUGUGGAACGGCUCCUGAAGUUUCCAUUAUCUCCCUGUCCCCGGUAUGAACAGCUGCAAAAUGAGACCCGACAGACAGCAGAAUAUCUGAAUAAAACCAUCGAGAAUAUGGAAUUCCUAGAGACAGUGGCAAACAUGACAGGAAUUCAGGAUGUUUCUCUUGAGACGGUUUGGAGUGUGUAUGACACACUCUUCUGUGAGAAAACACAUGAAAUGUAUCUUCCAGCUUGGGUAACUCCUAAGGUGAUGACUAAGCUGAAGCAGCUAAAAGAUUUCAGCUUUUCUUUCCUUUUUGGGAUCCACAGCCAGGUGGAGAAAGCUCGUCUGCAGGGUGGGGUCCUUCUGUCUCAAAUAAGGAAAAACCUCACACGAGCUACCAACGCCUCUGCACCCCACCACUUUAAAAUGCUUAUGUACUCAGCCCAUGACACCACACUUGUGGCACUACAGAUGGCUCUGGAUGUUUACAAUGGGAGACAACCACCCUAUGCCUCAUGUCAUAUAUUUGAGCUGUACCAAGAGCAUGACGGUAACUUUUCAGUGGAGAUGUUCUUUCGGAACGAGAGUGGGAAAGAGCUUUACCAAGUUCAGCUGCCUGGCUGUGAACAGCGUUGCCCUCUGCAGAAAUUCCUGCAGCUUACAGAGCCUGUUAUUGCACAGGACUGGAAGCAAGAAUGUCAGAUAGCAAGCACUAUGAAAGACACAGAAGUUAUUGUGGUUUUGGCUGUCUGUGGAUCCAUCCUCUUCCUGCUCAUUAUCCUGCUCCUGACAGUACUCUUCCGCAUGAAGUCCCAGCCUCCUGGCUAUCGGCACGUUUCCAAUGAAGGAGAGGAACAGCCUUGACAAUUGCUCCAGCCCCUCCUGAGGCAGCAAGAGGAAGCAGUGCUGACCACAGAGACAAGAGGGGCUUCUCUCAGUGACUAAGUGUCUUGUUGGUUUGUCUUGAUUGCUAAGCCAAAAGGCGGCCCAGAUGUGAUGGUGGAGUUGUUGUGACUCUCAGAUGCAGUCUACCUGCCAAAUGCAUCAUGCAGUUAAGUAUUAGGAGUGAAAUGCUGGCAUGAUUUGGGGUUGCUGUUAGUCAAUAUGUGACUAGUUCCAUCAAGAAUACAGUCUUACUACCUGUGAACCCAAUGUGCUUUCCAUCUGAAGCCUGCUCCUCCUCAAACAGUCUUGCUCAAUCUAGUAGUUGCCACUGGUUCAUCUCUUCCUAACUUUGGGAAAGGGGCCUAAUGCUAAAUCAGCAAAAAGUGGCUUCUCCAGUUCCUUUGUAAAAAAAUAUUUGACUUGGGCUGUAAUCCUAAACACACGUCCUAGGGAUUAAGCCCCAGUUAACACAGUGGGACUUACCUCAAAGUAAAUAUGCAUAGGAUUCUGCUGUUAAGUGCUUUGGUCUUAGCUAUUACAUAUUUAUAGAGUGAGAAGAUUGGUACUGGACCAAAGGUUCACAUUGCCCGCCCAUCUAUACUAGGGGAGAAAUGGGGUGCUCCACUUUCCAAUUAUCACUGGCUACAGAAAUUCUGUAAGAUUGGAAUAUAGUAUACUUCCUCCAUCUCUGACGCGCCAUCGUUAGAAUGCAGUGCUGCCUUAUCUUAAUGGACUAGAGGCUCCACAUGGGUGAAGCUUUUUACUGUGGAAUUUUGCUAUAUAUAUCAGGUAAGGCCCAGAUAGUGAUUUUCAGAGCUGUUCUUUACCUACCCUAUGAUGCAUCAUGCACAAUAUUCUGGAGCAGCAGAGGUUCAAAAGAAUUCUGCUGCUUUAGAAACAAAAAAAGUCAAGCUUUUAGCCUGUAUAGUUGCAGAAAGAAGCUUAAGAGUGCAGUGCUAUGCAUGUUUAGACAGAAGAAGGUCCUACAACUGGCUGGGGCAUGCUGGGAAUUUCAGGACUUUUUUCUGUCUAAACAUAGAUAGGAUUGUGCCCUAAAUGUAUGGGCAGCAUCCAGUCACUUGUCAUCCUAACCUACAGAAUGGCAAUUAGGCAGUAAUCACACAGAGGGUCAUAUAUCUGUGGCCUCUACAUGACAAUCUUAAUUUCCUGGUAUAGGUACCUCAUACUUAGAAGUUCAGAAGACUUACUAUACAGCUAGGAGCUGUGCCAGAAAUAUUUGUGUUUGCCUCUAAAUUCCACAUACAUAUUGCAUUCAAAUGCAUACAAAGGACAUCUACAUUUCUUGGACACAAACAAAAAGCUAGCCCUUACUGCAGAGAAAACGGUACCCUGUCCAGGUCCGAAUUCUAUAACAAAAGUGCUUUUGAGCAUGUCCUUCACCUUUAAACAACUACAGCAUAUUCAACUUCCCCACAAACUUAAAAAUAAGAAUCCGUGUUUAUAGCACUAUGGUAUGAUUGCCAUAUAGUCCUGAGAUCCAACAUAUUCUCCAAUCGAAGAACAGCCCUUCCCUACUAAAAAGCUAUUUUAAUUUCUUCCUUGUUGUCAGGGAUGCUUCUAAAAAAAAAAAGACAGCUUCUGGUACAGCUCAAAAAGUGCUUUCUUUUCAUAUUUUCCUGCAGCCUGCCUCCCUACUCCUACCUCACCCACAAAUAGGAAAACUCUCAUUUUUUGCCCUCCCUCAAGGCUCAGACUACAAAUUAUUUUUCAACACCCAGACUGAAUCCAGAGAACACAUUUUUUCCAUCCUUAAAAGAAGCCACUCUGGUGUUGCUUCCCACUUUCCUUCUUUCCAGUGGCAGCCAUCAAGUUCUUAAAAAUAAUAAAAUAAAAGACUUCUUAGAAAGUACAGGAAGUUCUAUGCAAGGAUUUCAAUAUGUUCUACUUUCCUUUGGAAACAGAGAGUGAAGGAACCCAUGACUUUUUGUACUUCUCUACAUCAGGCUUUUUAUCUUGCAGGUUUAUCAGGGCUUCUGCUUCCAGAUUCUUUGCAGGAUUAAGAUUGCCCCUUUACACAUGCUUCCCCUUCACCACCAACACUCCCCCCCCCCCGAUUUCAUUUCUCUUCAAGUUCUGUAUGUUUUAUUAUGUAGCCACUAGAUGGCACUGUGGUUAUGGCACAACUCCAUAAUUACACUGCGUGUUCAAAUCACUAUCUUAAAAUAGUGCAUUUCCCCCAUUACAAUUAAAGCAACAGAAAUGGUCACAAAGCAUGGGAGAAACCCUGGAGGUUGAUAAUGUCAUGUAAAUGUCCUGCAAACUUCCAUGAGUACUCUAUCUCAAUCGCAGGAUAAAAGCCUGAUGUAGAGAAGCCCCCAACUGUGGGCUGGGAGGGGAAGCAGUUCUACUGAAAGGGUCUUGUUAGUGGGAGAUUAUUAAAUAAAGGGAUAUUUUGAAAUGGCACUGAAACAUACAGUCAUCUCCCUCCCCUUUCCCUAGCUAUCCAGCAGGCUUCAGGGAGCUAGCAGCCUUAAUCGCCCAACCCCCAAAGUGUGAGCUGCUUACACUGAGACGUCAAUACAAGUGCAAUGUAGACAAACAUCCUGUCCCUCAUUACAUUACUCACCUUCCUAAUCCAUCAUAGCAUUUAUUGAUGCUAUCACCAGGCACUACUUUCUGCACUGCAGCUUUUAGUGAGAGACUUGAACUCUGGAUUCUCACCAAAUACCCUUCAUUGCCAACUACAAUACUCAAUACAGUUCUGUCAGAAAGUUACCAAACACAGCUUGAAGCUGUCCCCAUUUAUAUUUUUCCUCUUGCUGAUCACCUAACUGCAUGACAUGGCUCCUGCAGGACAGGAUGCAAGCGCAGAGCCAGAGGAAGCCUGGAAGAAUAGCUGUCGUAAAUGGGUGAACUAUUUAAUUCACUAAUUACCUGCUGGCUAGGUAGCAAAUCAAGAGGGAAAACCAUCUGCAUCGGUACACAUGGAGGAAAAUAGGUUUCUACUAUUCAAUGAGUCUGAGUGAUGUUUCUGUAAUUCACUUGGAUCACUUUCUCAGCCUUUUCUUCAUUAAAAAUGAAGGUUGGACUGG